CAAACGUUUUUUUUUUUUCCUUUGAUCAUGACACAAAAAGUGCCACAAAUGUGCCACCUAGCAAAGCGGCAAUAUGGAGUCCGAUGUUCGAAGCGGAUCAAAGAAAGUGUUCCUUCUUCCGUCAACCCAAAAUCGCUUGGGGGGUACGAGCACACUGUGUCAAUGGUGUGUCGGAGAAAAUCAAAGCUACUGGUUUAGCAAGUUAGCUCUCACACCCAGUAUUAAGCACAGUGAUUACGGUGGGAUUUUAUUUGGCGAGCGUGAAAUCUUUGGGAUUCUUUUGAGGUCUAGCUAGGUAGGGUGAACGUCAACGCCGACCUGACAAUUCCCCAUCAUGACCUGCACAGCCCGCCGAAAAACCAAUUCAAGGCAAAUACGAGAGAGGUCUGCGCGUUUCGAGGCGUUUACAGCCCACAAGGUGAAAACAAAAAAUUUCCCACAAGUGCGCCUUGGCUUAACAGCCGGGUUAAAUGUGUGUCUUGUUUUG